AUGCGAGGAAGUCAUGCCGCACGCGACGCAGGCCCAGAGCCUCGCGAACUGGGCAACAAGGAUGACGCAUCUUUUCAGGUGAUCGUGCUGGGAUCGACCGGUGGACCUCGUGAGGACAAUAUCACGGGGAUGUUGGUGCGGGCACCCCAGUCGGAAUGGCGCAAGAGUUCCAUGAUCGCGGUCGAUGCUGGAGCCCACUUGUCCAGCAUGAUCCGCAUCCUCCAGAGGGAAAUGCCUUUGAAUUCUGAGAAAGUGCCGGCAAAGGGAUACUCGCAGCUGUUGGAAAAGGGCCCUUUUGCUGGCCUUCGCUUUCCCAAUAUUAGUGCAAAGGCCAAUGCACUAUACAUCUUCCGCGAAAUUCUCCAUGGCUUCCUCAUCACGCAUCCGCACCUGGACCAUCUCUCGGGCAUGGCGAUCAAUACCCCAGCGCUUGAAUACGGCAGAGAGGCGAAAGCGAUUGUGGCUUUACCGUCCACCAUUGAAGCUAUCAAGAAUCACAUUUUCAACGACUGGCUGUGGCCAAACUUGUCGGAUGAAGGGAACGGAGUUGGUUUUGUGACCUACAGGCGGCUGAUUGAGGGUGGAAAUCCUCGUCUCGGAUUGGGUGAAUCUCGAGGUUAUGUCAAUGUCUGCGACGGGUUGGCCACCAAGUGUUGGAGCAUCAGCCACGGUAAAUGCCACCGAAGACAACACAGCGCGUCCUUUCAGCAUGGCGACUCUUUCGGAUACCCUGACUAUAAUUUUCCAUCUAGGAGACUAUCGAGGAUAUCAGAUGACCACGGCUAUUUUGCCGCGGUGGCUCAGCAACAAUCGCAGAAUGCUGGCGCCUAUCCCCCAGGUCCAGUUCAGAUGUCUACCGGUCCAGUGACACCUGGCGGUCCUCUCGCCUCGAGCAUCUUGGACAACAGCCAUCUCUUUGAACCAGUCUCCAGCUCUGCCUUCUUCAUUCGCAACGAUGCCACGGGCAACGAGCUGCUGAUCUUUGGCGAUGUCGAACCCGAUUUGGUCAGUAUGUCGCCUCGCAACCAUAUCGUCUGGGAUGACGCGGCUGGCAAGGUUGCCAGUGGCAUGCUCAAAGCCAUCUUCAUCGAGUGUUCAUAUGAUGACAGCGUGCGCAACGAGGAUCUUUAUGGGCACCUGUGCCCAAGACAUCUGGUUGCCGAGCUCACAUUCCUGGCCAAUUGUGUCAUCAAUCGGCGGAAACCGAGGACUUCUAGCGACGGCGCCCUCAUUGAAACAAACCUCGACGGGCCAACACCCAGUCGGCCCGUUACAGGUUCGUCGGUACCAGAUUUGCUAAUGCGGCAGCCACCGACCCCAUCAGAGCUAAAACGCAAACGAAAACGGGCAAUGAACGGCGAUCUAGCCAUCACGCCGGAACUCGCACGCGCCGGUUUUGGCGGCUUGCCUUCGCCUCAAGCUAUAUCCAGCGGUUAUGUAGGGAACCGAGCGGUCUCGUCGACCCGCCGAAAGCGUUCACACGAGCCGCGUGAAAGCGACCACGUAAACGCUCCGCCCACUCCUGGGCGCGGUCGCAGUGUCACUUUCCAAGCGGACUCGACCAUUGUAAAUGCCCAAUCUUCGGGCGAUCUUGCCCUCGCAGCGGGAUCAAAGUCGCCUGCUCAGCAUCACCAACACUCAUCUUUGCUCCCUGGUUCGGCAACCUCUCAGCGGGAAAGGCUGCCCGAACCUCUCAAAGGUGUGACGGUACAUAUUAUUCAUGUGAAGGACACGUUGCUAGACGGUCCCGCACCAGGGGAUGUGAUACUUGGGCAGCUUCGGGCCUUGGGUGAGGAAGCAGGACUAGGGUGCGACUUUAAUGUGACGAAUUGUGGCGACAGUAUCUGGGUCUAG